AUGAAGACUACAUUGCUUCUUUUGGCGACUGCGCUUCCUGCGCUGGGCCGCCUAACUCUUCACCAGCGGGAUGUUCCCUCGGUGGUGACUUUGGAUAUCCAGCGUAAAGAUGUUGCCGAUCCAGUCACCAGAGAUCGCAUGAGGAGGAAGCGCGACAAGACGAUCAGCCAAGCGCUGGACAACGAGGAAACUCUCUAUUACUGCAAUGUCACAUUGGGAACACCUAAGCAGAGCUUGCGCCUAGUCUUGGACACGGGUAGCAGUGAUCUGUGGACUAACGCGCCAAACUCCACUCUUUGCGAAUCUCAAGAUGACAGCUGCAGCUCGUCUGGCACCUACAAUUCCAGCUCCUCUUCGACGUACAAAUUUGUCAACUCCGAUUUUAAUAUUUCGUAUGCCGACAGUUCCGGUGCCAGCGGCGACUAUGUAACCGACACGCUCCAUCUUGGAGGCACUGCAAUCAAGGACUUCCAGUUCGGCGUGGGCUAUACUUCAAGUUCAGAGCAGGGAGUCCUGGGAAUUGGAUAUACCACAAAUGAAGUCCAGGUUGGCGUUAAUGGAGAUCCUGCUUAUGCCAACCUGCCCAAAGCAAUGGUGAAUAAAGGCCUGAUUCAAUCCAAUGCCUAUAGCUUAUGGCUCAACGACUUGGAUGCCAACACUGGUUCGAUUCUAUUCGGUGGUGUCAACAGCGAUAAAUAUCACGGCACCCUGGAGACCCUCCCGAUUCAAAAAGUCAGCGGCAUCUACGCGGAAUUCAUCAUUGCCCUGACUGCGGUUGCUCUCACCAACUCAUCAGGUACCAGUAAUUAUUCGUCCAGCGCACUUCCCGGGGCUGCCCUGCUUGAUUCGGGAAGCUCCUUGACCUACCUGCCUAAUGGAAUCGUCGAAGACAUCUUCAAUGAUCUGGAUGUCACCUAUGAGUCGUCUGAGGGAGUUGGAUACGUCCCCUGCAGCCUGGCGGAGAAGAAUGUCAACGUCUCCUACACAUUCUCAUCUCCGACCAUCCACGUGUCUGUCAGCGAGUUGGUCCUGGACGCGGGCGACUUGUAUUUCCGGAACGGAGAUCGCGCCUGUGUUUUCGGCAUCGUGCCUGCGGGCGGAAGCACCCCGGUUCUGGGUGACACUUUCCUGCGCAGUGCCUACGUGGUCUAUGACCUCGCCAACAAUGAAAUUUCGUUGGCCAAUACCAACUUCAACUCGACGAGCAACCACGUCCUGGAAAUUGGGACCGGCGAUGAUGCCGUGCCGGGUGCCACGGCCGUUACCAACCCGGUCACCACCGUGGCCGUAGGCGGAUCUGGAGCGCGCAUUGGCGAACCUACUGGCAGUGGUGGCAUUUUCACUUCUGCCGCGGCCUCCAAAAAUGCGGCGGCACGGAUGACCUGCGUGCCCAAGCACCUGGCCCUGGUUAUGGUCGGUGUUGGAUGCCUCCUGACGCUAUAG